UACAGGUUGGGAUGCAGCAAUACGUGCGUUUGGACCUAUUUUAAACGUAUUUCUGUUUAGAUUAGUCAUUUCAGUUUAAUUAGUUUGUUAGAAUAGUGCUUUGCUUGAUUUUAUUAUCCAUUUUAAAUCCAAAAUGUGUUCAUAUUUUGCUCUUUAUCCGUGUUGCUGCAGUGAAGAUCUCCAUCAGCGUUUAUUCAUCCUUCUUACUCGGCAUUCAUGCGCAAUCAGUAAUACCCUUAACUAGUUAUAUAAGGCUUUAACUGGUUAAACGUGGACAUUACGUCAUUACAUCAUUGUGACGGCGACAAUCAUUAACUUUUGAAAUCAAGCCGUUUAGUGUUUAGAGAGUCAGGUAAAGCUGGUGUUCAUGCCCGAUCUGCAGCGCUUCAGUUUCCCGUACCGUAGCAUGAAUUCUCCUCUCCAUCACCAUCAUCACCAUCAUUAUCACAAUUAUCAGCAGUACCAGCAGCAUCAGAACGCAGGAGGACUCGGCCAUCCCGAUUCACCCUCCGGCUUACUCCCCGAGGCUGCCGUCCUCGGAGCUCCUGACCCAUCCGCUUUUUUCCUUGGAGAGCAAUCCGGACUCGGACUGGGCCCAGCUGGCGUCCCCCAAACCGUACUUGACCUUCCAGCAUCGUCCCAGACUGGGCUGCCUUACCUGCAUUUCAACCCAUCACUCCACUGGUCCCAACCUCCUCCUCCUACAGCCAUGGCAUUGAGAAACGACCUGGGCUCCAACAUCAGUGUCCUGAAGACCCUCAAUCUGCGGUUCCGAUGCUUUCUGGCCAAAGUGCAUGAACUGGAGAGACGCAAUAAGAUAUUGGAGUUACAGCUGCAGCAGGCUUUAGGCAGCAAUAAUGCGGGUGGAUGCGUGGAGGAUGGAAAGACCAAAGACAUUGGGGUCCAGACUGGGUUUAUCGGGCCUAUUGCUGUCUGGCCUGGGUCUCUACCCUUCCAAAACACCAACAACUCUGCCAAACGACCCACUAGUUUGUUUAUGCCUCCUCUUACAACUGUCCUCAAACUUGAGACCAGUAAAGCUGAUGAUGAGAGCAGAAUAGACCCAAACUCCAACAGAAAUCCAACCAUCACAGUUAGUCUCUCUACACCCACCACCGAACCCGCUUCGGCCAACACCAACAACUCCAAUAAUACUCCUCACGUCAGCAGUGUUGGCACCGGGACAUCGCUUAACCCUCCUCCACGGUUCCUCCCAGGCACUAUCUGGUCCUUCAACCACACCUGUAAACUGGGAAGCGGGUCAGAGACUCGGGUCACCAGUCCAGGAGUUUCAUGGGUCCACCCGGAUGGAGUGGGCGUCCAGAUAGAUACCAUCACCCCAGAGAUCAGAGCACUUUAUAACGUCCUGGCUAAAAUCAAAAGGGAGAGGGAUGAGUACAAGCGAAGAUGGGAAGAUGAAUACGCCAUCAGAAUGGACUUGGAGCAGAGAGUCAGUGAUCUACAGGAGGACCUCCAGGAGAGCGAGGUAUGUCAGGAUGAGUUGGCCCUCAAGGUGCAACAGCUGAAAGCCGAACUCGUGCUCUUUAAAGGACUCAUGAGUAAUAACCUGUCAGAGUUGGACAGUAAAAUCCAGGAGAAAGCCAUGAAGGUGGACAUGGACAUCUGCAGACGCAUUGAUAUCACAGCUCGCCUGUGUGACGUUGCCCAACAAAGAAACUGUGAAGAUCCGAUCAAGAUCUUUAAGGUUCCCAGUCCUCAGAAUACCAUCACCUCUCGUGCCCGUAAAAAAGCAUCUCAGCCUGUCAAUGGCAGUGAGACAGAUGAGCCAGUCAGCACCUCUGAGAGUGAUGGAGGUGGUGCGAGAGAGGAGGACGUGUGCACCCCUUCAACCCAGCAGAUCAAUGAAGAGAUGCAGAGGAUGUUAACUCAACUGCGUGAAUGUGAGUUUGAGGAUGACUGUGAUUCUCUUGCUUGGGAAGAGACAGAGGAGACGCUGCUGCUGUGGGAGGAUUUCCCAGGAUCCACUUUAACAGCCGACACCAAUCAGGGCGAGGAAGAGUGUUUGGAGAAGGUGAUUAAGGACACUGAGUGUCUAUUUAAGUCCAGGGAGAAGGAAUAUCAGGAGACUAUAGACCAGAUAGAGUUGGAGUUGGCCACAGCAAAGUCGGACAUGAACCGACACUUGCAUGAGUACAUGGAGAUGUGCAGUAUGAAGAGAGGACUGGAUGUGCAGAUGGAGACCUGCAAGAGACUCAUCACCCAGAGUGGAAACAAUAAAUCCACUUCUCCCAUACCUGGAGGAGGUGCAGAUGUAAACAGAGGCACAGAACGGGAUAAAUCUGAGGAGGGAAGGAGAUAAUGAUGUUGAAACGGGUCUAAAGAUGGUGUUGGCAUGAAGACAAGAACCUAACCAUCCUGAUUCAUGGCACCCAUCAUCAAAAGUUAACCAACAAGAGCCCUUCACAUGUUUUUGCAGUGAAUCCAGUCACUGCCUGUAGUGGUGGUAAAUACAAUUACAUCAUACUGUGCUCAAUGCCUGAAGGAGAAUAAAUAAUCUAUGUGAGAUUUUCCCUUGUGGUUGUGCAGAGCAGCUAUGCUGUUUUCACUCCUACACCAUGUCAUCUUAAAGGCCGUUAACCGAGUCCUCACAAGAUUAUUUGCUUUUAUCUAAUUUCAUCGAGUCCAUUCGCAAAUGGGUAUCAAUCAUGUUUUCUGAUCUUGUCCUCCAAAUGUCUGAGUCAUUAUAUUUUCAGCAGUGAAUACAAUCACUUUUGAUUUCACAUAUCUGGCAGAGAUUCACUGAAAACGUUUUCACCAAGUUUCCAUUUCCUAGAGACUUUGAGCAACGAGGGGACAUUCGCUCACUUAUUGUUGCUGCAAGAACCAUUACGCACUGCUGUAAGCUGUGGGUUGAUCGGGUGUUAUACUUCCUGUCUGAGCUGUUUUAAAUACUGGGCUGUUGAUGCUAGUGAAGGGUGGAGGUAACUGUAGCCUGCACGCCCCCCGUUUCUGUGCUGUCUUCCUGCUGCUCAAACCCCGAAUUCACAUGAAAUAUAUGACAUUUCAUGCAAACGGCAUUGGGCUGUUGACAGGCAGCAUUAGAGUCUCAGUUCUAUGUGCUCUUAGAAUAAUGAACUCUUUCUUCCUUCCUCUCUUGCUGGUGGAAAACAUGAGUGAUGAUGGGUGAGGUCAGACGAGUAAGGCUUGAGAAAGUAUGGCUCAAAUUAUGUGUUAGAGAGUUGAGCAUGUUAACCACUUCAUUAUUUCCUUCUCACAAUUCCACUCUUUUCUUUUCCUAUCGAGCUAAAUGAUAUUGAGCAUUUGUAUGAGCAUUUAUUUCUGCUGUAGGAGAGAAAUUAUGAUAGUAGUUCACUUAAGGGUGGGGAAAACAUUGCGAUAGUUUGAAUAGCUCAAUAUUUCAAAUGAUUGCAGUAUUUUACCUCACAAAACUGUAUUGAUAUUCUCACAAGAAUCAAUAUUUUUUGUUACAGUUUUCACAUAAAAAAGUUUGUGGAAAAGAGUAUCAUGUGAGAAGUCGUAACAUACUGUAGCAUUAGGUCAUCAAAAACAUCAAACUCAGAAUGAACUAAGAAUAACUGUGCAAAGCACAGAAGUCCAGUGCAGAUGAAAGAGAAACAAGAGAGUAAAAUAUAGCAAUGUAUAUCAGUUUUAAAUAAACACACACUAAAUAUAAAGAAUCAAUAUUAUUGUAUCGGGACCUAGAUAUCAAUAAAAUAAUGUAUUUCUAGGUCCCUGCUGAUUCCCACCCAUGAUUCAUAUGAAAUUCAUAUAAAAUUCUGUGUGUAACACUACUAUAGAUGUGAAACCCCGUAUUCAAUCCAUAUUUCACCUUUCCAUGCAUCUGUAGUUCACCUAUU